ACCAACAUUUUCGUUUACUUUGCUUCCUCUAUUAUUGCUGUUGAUUGCUGUAUUGCUUCAUGUGGAAGCCAGUGAGUUUCAGAUGAAAUUAAAAGAUUGUUUUAUAUUACUGAGAAAAAAUCUAAAAAUGAGUUAAGAUACUUGCUAAAAACAAACACACUGAUAAAUUUUUUAUUUAUUUAAGAAUAUAAAAUAAAAUGAAUAAAUAAUUAAACAAGAGCUAAAGCUCUGUGACAUAAUGACUUCCAAACCGUCAGGAUCGAGUUCUAAGUCGGAUAAUGAAGGAGAUGAUGGAUUUAAACGAACAGGAUCAUUUAGAAAAAUAUUACCAGGAACUUCCUGUGGUGAUUCUCAACUCAAUACGUCUAUUAAAAUGAUUGACCGUCCAAAUGUUGCACAGAACAAUAUGGAUUAUGCUGUCUAUCUACGAGAAUAUAGCAUACUUUCAGAGUACAAACUGAUGCAAACACAAGAUUUGAAAGGAGUAUAUGUAAUACCUUCUGCUCAAAAUCCCUUUUUGUGGUUUGGAGUAUUAUUUGUACGACAGGGUAUGUACCAAGGAGGUGUCUUUAGAUUUAUAAUCACGUUACCUGAUAUUUUUCCCGAUGGUGACUGUCCAAAAAUUACAUUUAAAACAAAAGUCUUCCAUCCAUUAAUUCACGAAGAAACUGGAGAAUUUAGCACAAGCACUGGUUUUUCUGAUUGGAAAAAAAGUAACCGAGUAUUUCACCUAGUGCAAUUUAUUACCAAAGUAUUCAAUAAAAUCGAUCCUAAGUUGAAAGCAAUAAAUGAAGAAGCUUAUAACUUAUUUGAAAAUAAUAUAGAAGAAUUUCGUAAAAAAGUUAAACAAUGUGUAAAAGAUAGCUUGGAUCAUGUUUAUGACUCUCCGGAAACGGAUGAUGCGCACUAUCUUAAAUUUAGCCCAUGGGAUCCGGAAAUUCACGAGCCGAUAAGACAAAAAUUAUAUGAAUCAAGGCAACAACAACCGCUGGAUCCUGAAAAAUCACCUAGAGGUUAUUCUUGGGUACAACCAGGCUCUCUGAAACCUCUAUCUAAAUCAGAAGAAGAUCUUAGAUAGCAAUCACCUGAAUGUGACAAUUAGCAAAUAGAAUUUUAUUUAUUUGAAAAUAUCGUUAAAAGAAAUCAUUAUACGUUGCACGACGCUUGCCUUUUAAACUAUACUUAUUUUUAUAUAAAUUUACAAAUAAAUUAAAGUUUUAAUAUA